AUGGAGUUCGAGGACGUGAUCGAAGAGCUUGGAGGGUUCGGCAAGUUCCAGAAGUUCCUUCUCUGGGGCUUCCUUCUGCCUUCGGAGAUACUGUUUUCGCUCAUCUCGAUGAACAUGAUAUUCCUGCUGUCCGAACCCCGCCACGAGUGCGUGGUGCCGCAACUGGAUGCACUCGGACUGAACGAAUCUCGGGUCUCGGAGAUUCGCCAACUGCUCGUCAGCGAGGAUGAGUGCGAGGUGUCGCCGAUGCGACCUCUCAACUCGACGCGUUUCGCGGGAGAAUUCGACGUGACGCUGUGGAACGCGUCGUGGUUCGUGAAUGAAAGUGCGACCAGGCAUCCCUGCGAGUCGUUUCGCUAUGACGACCUAUACUACGACGAGACCGUCCCUACAAAGUGGGAUUUGGUCUGUUCUCGCGGUCAGCUAAUCAGCCUAUUGUACUCCAUAACGACAGUAGGGAGCAUCGUUGGAACUCUCAUCAUUGGUGCACUGGCUGACAAGUACGGCCGUAAGCCACUGUUCUUCGCCCUCGUGUCGUUGGCCAUUUUCUCGGGCUUCGGCACUGUACUCUCCUUCAACUAUGCCAUGCUCGUCGUAAUGCGCUUCGUCAACGCCUUGCUGGACCCACAGAUGGACCAGCUGCCAUACCUCAUCAUGUUCGAACUGGUGGGUGCCAAGCAGCGCACCCUGUUGUUGGGCGUGACGUCCAUGGGAUGGACACUGGGCAUGUGCCUGCUGCCUCUGGUGGCGUACCUGAGCCGCACGUGGGUGCUCCUGGCAACAGUGUGUGCCUCCUGUGCGGUGCCUAUCUUCUGCUACAUCUGUGUCGUCCCCGAAUCCCCGAGGUGGCUCUUGUCGCAGGACCGGCUCUCUGAGGCAUCGGCUGUUCUACGCCGCAUUGCCCUUCGAAAUGGUGUCGAGCCCCCAAUCGACCUCGACCUGAAGCUAAAGGAAGUUCAGCAAAGCACAAAUGCUGAAGAGGAAUCGGAGGAAUCGGGUUCCAUGCUAGACUUGGUCAGGAAGCCGAUGAUACGAAAAAACUUGCUGAUACUCAGCCUGAUAUGGUCUGCAAAUGGUUGCGCUUACGGCGGCCUGCACAUCAACGUGACACACUUGAGUGGCAACGAGUUCCUGAACUUCUUCUACCUGGCCCUGGUGGAGUUUCCAGCAAACGCAAUCGGCUGGUGGAGCAUGGACCGCUUUGGCAGGCGUUGGACAAACGUAUUUUUCAUGCUUCUCACGGCCACUGCCUGCUGGGCACCCGUCAUCGCACCCAUGUCCGGCACGGUGGCCAUCGUUGCCUCGGUCAUGGCCAAAUUCUCCACCACGGCGGCGUACAUGAUGAUGUACCAGCAGUUGGACGAGCUCUUCCCUACUCCCCUGCGUUCCUUCUCUGUGGGAGUGCUCACCGCUCUGACCGCUGUCUUCACUGCGGGAGUGCCCUACGUCGUCUACAUGGGAAGGUACGGCUCAUGGAUUCCCUUUCUUUUCCUCGCCCUGCUGACGACGAUGGCUGGCAUCGCGGCGGCCUGGUUACCCGAGACGAAGGACUACCCUCUCUGCCAGACGGUUGAAGACGCUGAUAGAUUCGGCCAUGAUCAAAAAUUCUUCUCCUUUAACAGGUGA